AGACUUCUUAAGGGCAAGUGGAAGGUGGGACAAACCGUUGGUGAGGUGCUAACUGAGAGGAGGAAAAAAAGCGCCUGACUCCGAAAGUUCCCGCCUACAAUGACUCCUGAAUUGCGUUGUGGACUUUGAUUGGGUUUAGAAAUAUUAGGGUGUAAUUGUAUGUGAGUGAGUGACAAAGCUUGGAGCUGUUGCCCUAGGAGUGGUUUUCAUCGCCAGGAGUUUCAUUUUCUAUUGAAACGAUUCGGUUGUGGGCAAGAACGGAAUUUCCUUUUCAAAGUGAAUGGUGUUCACAUGGACAAAUGAUUAACUAAUAUGGCCUGCAGAAGAGAAGGAAUUCAAGAACAGCUUCUCUCUUCCAUCAUUUCAACUAUAAAUUCUCAUAAGUCUCCAGCGUGUGCCAGUCAAGUUCAUAGAAUAUGUAUGGUGUCUGACUUUUUUUAUCCAAACAUGGGUGGAGUGGAAAGCCAUAUUUACCAGUUGUCACAGUGCCUAAUUGAAAGAGGACACAAAGUUAUUGUAGUCACCCAUGCUUACGAUGAUCGUAAAGGCAUUCGAUACCUCACCAAUGGACUAAAAGUCUACUAUUUACCAUUAACAGUAAUGUAUAACCAAUCUACAGCCACUACCCUUUUUCACAGUCUGCCUCUGCUCAGGUACAUAUUUAUUCGAGAAAGAAUCACCAUUGUCCAUGCACAUAGUUCAUUUUCUUCUUUGGCUCAUGAUGCACUAUUUCAUGCUAAGACAAUGCAGCUACGGACAAUUUUUACAGAUCAUUCACUUUUUGGAUUUGCUGAUGUCAGUUCAGUGCUUACAAAUAAACUCUUGACUGUAUCACUAUGUGAUACAAACCACAUAAUAUGUGUUUCUUACACAAGCAAAGAGAAUACUGUAUUAAGAGCAGCACUUAAUCCAGAAAUAGUUUCUGUCAUCCCUAAUGCUGUUGAUCCUACUGACUUCACUCCAGAUGCAUCUAAACGUGACAAGAACACAAUAACUAUUGUUGUGGUUAGCAGACUUGUAUAUAGAAAAGGUAUUGAUUUACUUAGUGGUAUAAUUCCUGAGCUAUGUCAGAAGUAUCCAGAUUUACAUUUCUUAGUUGGAGGAGAAGGACCAAAAAGAAUUGUAUUAGAAGAAGUACGGGAAAGAUAUCAAUUACAUGAAAGAGUUCGUCUUCUAGGAGCUUUAGAACAUCAGGAAGUUAGAAAUGUCUUGGUUCAAGGUCAUAUUUUUCUUAACACCUCUCUCACAGAAGCAUUUUGUAUGGCAAUUGUGGAAGCUGCCAGUUGUGGUUUACAGGUGGUCAGUACAAGAGUUGGUGGGAUUCCUGAAGUACUUCCAGAUGAUUUUAUAAUUUUGUGUGAACCUUCAGUGAAAUCCCUCUGUAGUGGAUUGGAAAAGGCUAUUAGCCAACUGAAGUCAGGAUCAUUAUUGUCUCCAGAAAUUAUGCAUGACAAAGUUAGAACAUUCUACACUUGGAGAAAUGUUGCAAAAAGAACUGAAAAAGUAUACAACAGAGUGGCAAAUGAAUCUGUAUUGCCAAUGGGCAAACGACUUGAGAGACUUAUCACUCAUUGUGGUCCAGUGACUGGUUACAUUUUUGCUCUUUUGGCCAUGCUCAGCUUUCUUUUUCUGAUAUUUCUGAAAUGGCUGAUACCAGAUGAUUUUAUUGAUACUGCAAUAGAUGCCACAGGUCUAAACGGAGCAUGGACUAGAAAAUUUUUCCACAAUAAAAAGAAAAAAGAAAACAUUACAAACUCCUAAAGGUGCUAAAAGUGAAAAAAAAAAGUUUAAUUCCCUUACUUGUCUUUUACUAUUAUGCGUUUGCUGUUAAAUUUACACUUAUCAAGUGCUUAUAUGUCAUUGGACAGCUUUCAUAAUGAAUGGAAAGAAACAAAGUUCUACCUCAGCAUAAAUCUAAAUUGGUUUAGGAAAGACAUUUUCCCAAGAUAUGCUGCGAAAUCUGUUUACAUUUAUUUCAGCUUGAAAUAUCUUACAAAUACAUGGAAUAUCAUGUCCAUUAAUGAAAGAGAUCAUCUAAAAAACUAAGGGGAAAAAUAGGUGAGUAGGUAGAGAUUUUGUCUGUUUAGAGUUUUUUCUGUUUUUAAUUUCUCUUGCACCAUGAUUAUAUAAUUAAAAAUUAUAUGAAAAAGUAGCAGUAUAUGUUCUGAUCCAGUAUAAUACAAAAAAACCCCUGACUUUAAAUAUAGUUCCCAAGUCUACUUGUUGAGAUGUGUGAUCAAUUUGGUAUAUUGAUAUGAUCAACUAAAAUUGAGACAUGCACAACUUGUGAAGUUGGGAGAAUAUUCUCUUUGUUUAAGCAUCUACAGGUAAUCAUCAAAUUACGACGUCGAAUUAAGAGACUGUUCAAAGUUACAACAACCCCCCCCCCCCAAGUACUUACUAUACAGUCCCAAAGUUAUGAAUGUUGUAGCACCUUUAUGAACGACUGCAGAGGCACUAUAACAUUCACCUUGCCUAUAACCUACUCACUCUUGAUCAGGUCUCCACAGGUACUGGGCCUGUAGAUACUCACCUUGUGAAGAUCUAUUGAGGCUUCAGUUUCUUGCCCUGCUUCAGGCCCUCAGUGCAUUUGCAGCGAAUGGAGGCCUAAAGUACCAUAAGAUCAUGCAAGAUCAGUAGUGCAAGAUCUCACUGUACUGAUCUUGUGUGAUCUCAUGGUACUUUAGGCCUCUGUUCUCUGCAAAUGGAGGCCUACAUGGUAUCUGCAACAAAAGACUUUGCAAAUGGAGGGAAGUCCUGAACCAAUGAAGUCUUCCCUCUUUCCAAAGCCUUUUGUCAUCUUUGCAAAAAACCUUUGCUGCCAAAAACAGCCUGGGAGGGGCACGCAUGUCCCUGCAGGCUUCCAUUUAUGGCAGCAAAGUCCUUUCCUCAGGGUCUUUGCCUCUGAGAAUGGACCCUCUCCCAGCCUCUGUUCUCGGCAGCAAAGGCUUUUCGCAAAAAUGACUGGUGCCUACAGGGAUAAUCUCUCAUCCCUGCAGGCCUCAGCAAACCUUUGCUUAAGGCAAAACCCUGGCAGAGAGGCUGGAAAGGAGAUAGCUGUCUUGACCAUCGAGAUCUAUGUAAGGUAAGUGACCAGGUUGGGGCAGGAAGCAUGAGAUAUCUCAGUGGGUCAGGGGAGACUUUGUUUUAUCUGAAGCACUCCCCCCCCCCCCCCCCCCGGCCUUCCCCACCCGACACCUUGUUCCCCACCCUGAGUUACCUCCAAAUGCAUGGGUGAAAGCAGGAGAGAUUCAAGUUAUGUGAUACAUUCAAGUUAUGUGAUACAUUCCUAUGAAUCCUCAGAUUAUGAAUGUCAUUGGCAGGCUCCAUUACUUUUGUAACUCGAUUACCUGUAUCAUUCAUUUUGAUAGUUUGAAAACAAGUAUAAUUGACAUAUCCUGAAUUUUUCUCUGCCAAUAUUUUUGAAGCUUUCAGAAGAAGGUUCCAAGUUCUUCCAAGACCCAAGAGUAGGUAUUUUGAAUCUACUUUUAUAACACAGUUGAGACACAAUGAAAAAACACUCUUUUUACAUUAAUAAGGCCCAGCAUCAUGUUCAUUUUUCUUCUUUUAUUUUUAAAUAGAAAUGUAUAGGUGAGUAUUAAAACUCAUUCCAACAAAUAUUUCCAUGACAAGAUUGCCAUAUUUAGAGUAAAAACAGGUGCUUCAGUCCUUUCCUAUAUGUGACCCUUGUCUGAAUAAUUUUGCUUAUGCUAUUUUAUUU